AGCGAUAUACAUGUCUCAAAAAGAAUAUGAUAGGCUAACCCAACAGCAUCCACUGGAAGAACGGGCGAGGCUAUCGGUGACUUUGAAUCACGAGGGUUAGGCGAGCCAUGUAGCAGGAAGCAUGACACGACAGAAUCACUCGCUAAGCUCAGACCCAGAGAGCUGGCAGGCCCUAGUUUGCUCCCCCGCAGUUCUGGGGUACCCCAUAUGCCAAGAUGACGCCAAGUGUGAUGCAGCCAUCUGGGUAUAAACCUCCCUCGCUCUGGCUGGCUUUCGAGGACCAUAGCCUUCCUGUCACACAAUCAUGACCAUACUCACCACCAUUGCCGCUCUCCCUAGGGAAAUCGGGUCCACGUUGCGGAUGAAGCCAGUCCAGGCCUUGAUCUGGCUGGCUUGCUGGUCCUGCUGGACGUUGGGCUCUCUGCAAUAUUAUGCCCUGCCGUUCACCCUCAGCAACGUGGCGGAAGCACUGAAUGUCCCCCAGACAAAUGUCUCCGAAGCCAACACCACCACGAUGAUCUCUCGAGCAGUCGGAGCCAUCAUCUUUGGCAUUCUGUCCGACCAAUACGGGCGGAAGAUUCCCAUGCUGAUCGACCUGAUUCUUAUGUGCGGGUUCACCAUUGCCACGGGCUUCUCCCAGACCUUCCCCCAGCUGAUCGGGUUUCGCUUCUUAUUUGGUGUUGCCUACGGCGGUACAUAUGGAUUGGUCAUGGCCACAGUCCUGGAAGCCGUUCCUGAAAAGGCCCGCGGCGUCGUCGCAGGAUUCACCCAGCAAGGCUUCUCAGCCGGAUACCUCUUCGCCUCCGGACUACAUCUAGCCAUGAACCCCUACGGCUGGCGCUCCCUCUUCUGGCUCUGUGCAGGCCUCACCCUCCCCGUGGGCAUCCUCCACGCCGUAACCCCCUACUACAGCGUCGCCUCUGCAGCCAUCCCAGACGAAGAAACUACCCCCAGAGCAGCCCAAGACCCCCGCACAGCAGUAGGCGGGAACCUUCCCUUCCUCAAAAAGCUCACCUACGUGCUCCGCUACCACUACAAAGCCUUCAUCUACGCCUGCUGCCUAACCUCCUGCCUGGCCACGAUGGGCCACGGCACCAUGGACCUCUACCCGACCUUUCUCGUCAGCCAACGCAAACUCAACAUCGUCCAAGAAACCUGGGUGACUUGCAUCCUCCAAAUCGGAGGAAUCCUGGGCGGUGUCGUCGGCGGAUUCCUCUCCCACAAGUUAAGCGCGAAAUGGGUCGCCGCGGGGGCCGGCCUCCUCGUUGCUCCCUGGCUCCCGCUCUGGGUUCUUCCGACAAGUUGGAAUCUUCUCGCCCUGGGGGCGUUCUUUUUGCAAUUCUUCUACGGCGCUGCGAUUGGAAACCUGGGUAAUCUACUCCAGCAAUUAUGUCCCCACCCUGGUAUCAGAGCCGCCUUUACCGGCGUGGCGUAUAAUAUCGGGAACGCGGUGUCGUCCGUCGCGCCUACGAUCGAGACAGCUCUGGGAGAGAGGUUCCCGACCAAGGACGGAUCACCGGAUUAUGCUCGUACGCAGAUGAUUCUGGUAGGGAUUGUGAUCUUCCUACUGGUACUCACCUUGACACUUAUGCCUCUGAAUCGAUUGAAUAAGAGCUGGGAUCGAGAAGACCCGAAUACUCGGAUCCCUGGUUCGCAUCCGGAGAUGGAGGUUGAUAAACCGGAUGGUAAGGGACAGGAGGAUGGGGAACGGGGUGGGUCGACUCAUGUUGAGGAUGUAAAGACUUAGUAUAGUGUUUGGGUUCUUGUGCUGUAGUUAUGGGUUAGGAUUGAUUUCUUGGGAACGAUCUGUGGUUUGUUCUUAGGUUAGGGUAUGGUGUUCAGGCGUUCGCAUUGAAAUAACAUCGGAUUUGAUCUUAUUUGGGUCUUUAGAAAAAUGUU